AUGAUCCUCGACCUUUCGUACUUCGCAGCAUUCUGCUUUGCCUUUACCUUCCUGCCCCUCGCGCGGGCGGACACAAUUUGCAGUGGAGGCGGCUGCUACGACACGCACAAGCCCUCCACGCCCGCCAUCAUUGGCAUCGUUAUCGCCAUCGUCGCCUCCGCCUCUCUCAUCGGCUGGUCCAUCGCCCGGUGCGUCCGCGCGCGACGCCAAUCUCAACCACGGAACGGUCAAUACGCCUUCGUUUCUCACGGACCCGGCCACACGACGACCGAGUUCGGAAAAGCUGUACGAUUGCAGAGUGGGAUGAAUGCGCGUGGAGGGGUGGUCGUUUGA